AUGUCAACUGGACAUAACUUAUUGUUUGUGACAUUUGAUGAUAUCGUGUAUGGAUUGGGAUCUAAUAUUGAGGGUAAGCUCGGUGGACUUGACUUUGUAUUGGCUGUCAAUACGGAUAAUAAUGUGAUAUUCAGUUUCGGUCCCAAUAAUUGGGGACAAUUGGGACGGCAUGUGGUUAUGGAUAAGAAUUGUUUAGAUAUAUUACGACAUUUGGUGUUCAAUGAAAUCAAACAAAGACAUGACUCAGAAAUUGUCGGCAAAUCUGAAACUCACGAUAAGUUGAAUAAUUCAAUAUUUGAAAAGUCAUUUGAUGUAAUAAAUGAGCUUGGUGAGGGUGGCUAUGGACAGGAUUGACAGAAAAACAGAAACAAAAUGUUUUGAAUGAAACGCAAAAUCUUGUUAAACUUCGGU